CAUUCAUUGUCCACUCUGCAUGACUUCUACAAAAAGGCCCGCAUCUACAUUAUUGCAAUAGUAAAUCUCAGCAAAGUACAGAUACAUCGCCGGUAGGGGUCUCUUGAUGGAGGACAGGACGGGGCAAAGUUAGAUCUCAGCUGUUCCACAUGGGGUGUCAGUCAGUGUGUCACUGAGGGACGCACAAGGGGCAGUGUGUAGAAAAGUGAAAAGUCAGCUGUGAGAAAGGAAGACUUCUUGUUUUUGUUUGUUUUUCUCCUGUGACUUGGCUCGUCCCAGUGUCGGUUCAAGCAUCAGAGGAAACGUCAGUAUUUGAGUCAGGGUUUGCCUUAAAAAAAAACUCCCGGGAGUUUUCCCCGGUCGGACUAUUUUGUGCCGCCGCCUGGAACAGCACUCGUCUGGUUUUGCAGUUUUCCGAAGCGAUAUCUCCCACUUUAAGUUCUUCUAUCCAUCACGCUCUGCUUGCUCGGGACUGUUCUGUGAAGUUGCCAGGAAAAGCAGAGAUGUUUUGCCGAAACCAAACAGCGAGAGCUACCGUCGCCCGCGGCUCUGCCCUUGAAAUGGAGAUACGGCGAGGGAAGUUCAGAAAGAGCGUUUUCCUGGACACAUCACAGGACAGUGACAUCCAGAAGAAGAUUGACCAUGAGAUCCGGAUGCGCGAUGGGGCCUGCAAGCUGCUGGCUGCCUGCUCCCAGAAGGACCAGGCACUGGAGGCGUCAAAGAACCUGCAGACCUGCAGCACUCGUAUCAUGGCUUACAUGUCAGAGCUGCAGAGGAUGAAAGAGGCGCAGGUUAUGCAGAAAGUCACACGAAGGUCUUCGGACGCAGGGCCAAUGGAUGACAGACUACCUUGCAAAGGAAAAGUGGCCAUAUCAGAUCUUCACCCUCUCAUGUGGAAAGACACAGAGUACUUCAAGAACAAAGGAGAGCUUCAUCGGUGUGCAGUUUGUCUGCUACAGCUGGGAGGAGAGAUCUUCGACACAGACAUGGUGAUAGUGGACCGGACACUCACUGAUUGCUUUGACAACACCAUAGUAUUUAAUGAAGCUGGCCCGGGAUUCGACCUGCGUGUGGAGCUGUACAGCUGCUGCUCGGAAGAUGACUACUCAGCAGGGAGCACGCCAAGGAAACUAGCCAGUAAACUGAGCUCCUCACUGGGGAGAUCGGCAGGGAAGAAGCUGCGAGCAGCAAUGGAGCCUGGACCUUGUAGUCCCAUUAGCAAUGGAGGGGCAGCUCCUCUUCUGCUGCCUGUUCCCUCUGUACCGGGCCCCAAGUACCAUCUCUUAGCUCAUACCACCCUGUCACUGUCACACAUCCAGGAUAGCUUUCGCACGCACGACCUCACCAUCUCAGGCAACGAAGAGUGUUCUUACUGGCUGCCGCUCUAUGGAAGUAUGUGCUGCCGCCUCGCAGCUCAGCCUCACUGUAUGACCCAACAGAUGAUGAGUGGAUGUUGAAAGUGAAGGUAAUUGGGAGGUGACCCUCAGAGUUGGACAAAAGUAUAUGCCGUCCUGAAAGGAACAAGCCUCUCCUGCUACAACCGGCAAGAAGAUUUGGAGGCUAACGUCGAACCAGCUUUCACUAUUGCCAUCAACAAGAAUACGUGCGUCAGAGAAGGACCUCACAGUAAAGUUCAGAAUAUCUGUAUCAGUAACCAUUAUGGGGGUGAGGAGGUCACGCAUACACUGACCACAGACAGUCGAGAGGACACUCACCGGUGGAUGGAAACCUUCUGGCAACAUUUUUAUGACAUGAGUAAGUACUUGCUAUGCUGUAGUAAAUAAAGGUGUCUCAUGAAAAUUGAAAUGCCAUCACCAAGGAAACCAGCUCCUGUCACACCAAAACAGGGCUCACUCUAUCAUGAAAUGGUUAUUGAGUCAUCUGAUGACCUCAGCAGCACUGUCUCAGACAUCCUGGCUCGGAGGAUGCAGGAGCUGGAGCUCCGCAGCCAGCUGGGAACCUCCCCCACCUGGAUGACUGUGUUUGAGGAGAGUAACACUAAGAACUUUGGACGCCAUCCCUGUAACUCUCGCCUUUCUAGCCACAGCCCCUGCUCCCCUCAUCGCCUGCCCCGCAGCCCUGUGAGCCCCCACCGCUGCCCAAAGCUGACUCUGCUGUCUUCAGAUGCAAGCCUGACCUCAGACAGUGACAGCCACUGCAGCACCAGCCCCUGCUCCCAGCAUCACGGCUGGCCUGAACAAACUUCAAACUUCUCCAUGCUGUCAUCCUCUCCCUCUCGUCUGAGGCCACGCACCCUGUCUCUGGAUGCUAAACUCAGCACCCUGAGAGGGAGGGUGUACGGAGGAGGUGGGACCUUCCAGUGUCCCUGUCAGCCUCCUCCCUCCUCGCUGCUUAACCCGCUACCCAUCUCCUCUCGCUCACCUCGGUCACAACACAGCACGCAGACCACGCUCUCCUGCUCCAGCUCAACCUCCAGUAACAGCUCCAGUAAUAGUGAGGGCAGCCACAGCCCAGAGUCAUCCGAGGGUCCCUUCUCGAGGCCAUCCCCAGCCAGACGCAGCCUCAGAUCCCUCAGGGCUAGACUUGAUCCUCGCAACUGGCUUCAAAGUCAAGUGUGAACUCAUCCCAGAUGACCAGACAUUUAACUCUAGCUUGAGGGUAACAGUGCUCAUUAAACCAUGGUUUAACUGGCUUAACACAUGUGAACCCACCUUGGGCUAUCAUACAUUGCCCUGAGGAGGAUAAGCUGCCUCUAGCCUGCUUCCUGCUGAAAGUUGGAUCAUGAAAGACCCUCCUGGGGAAAACUGGAAUGUCUUCUAACACAAAAGACAGGUGACAAUCACUGCAGGAGACACUUUUUUUGAAGAUGGUCCAAAACUAAAUGGGAGGUACUCUGCACGCUUUUAGUAAUUAUGGUCAUGCUGCUCUGGAGUAAAUAAUGUUACGAGAUAAGGAUUUUCUCCAAUAAACAUGUGACGCUAGGCCUAGUGUCUGUCCUUGGACUCUAAUUCUGAGACUAUAAAAGGUUCAUUUAACUUUUCUCUGCAUCAGCCAUCCUGGCCACUGAAAUAAUUUCAAGGCCAUCUCUAUUAAUGCACUAGCAAUGUUUCAACUGGUUGUUUCUGUUUUGUAUUUUAUAAAUAAGGGUUUGCUGUGUUAUGCUAUGAAUGCCAGCGAGCAUGUGGGAAGAUGAACAAAAGGUGUAAUAAUCAGUCAUGGGAAAAGUUCAAACUGUUCAGUGUGGAAGAGAAGUGUUGGUGUUUGUUGCCUGUACUGUGAUCUACUUCAGUGUAUGUUUCUAAUUAUUCUUACAACAAAUGAUCUUAGUGGUUUUCCUCAAAUUUCUAUGCACAUUUUUGUGUUUUUCUUGCAUGAUUUGACUUACGGUUUAAUGAUAAACUACUUGAGAUCAUUUCAGCAA